GGCAUUCCAGAAACAUUACAGCCAUUUAGAUCGGCAGGAUGAGAAUACAAUCGAGGAAUGGAAGAAUGCUCUUCAUCAAAUCUCUUCUCUUUGAGGUUGGACAAGGGCGGAAGAAUUCGGGUACGAAGGAAGACUGGUAAAAAGAGUUGUGAAAGACAUCUUGAAUACAUUGAAGAUUACUCCGCUAGAUGUCCCUGUCCAUCUUGUGGGACUUGAAAUGCACAUGUGUGACCUACUCAGUAGAUUAGAUCUUAGUUCGUGGCAUAGCACAGUGAGAGUGGGAGUCAGCGGUAUAGGUGGUGUCGGGAAAACCACUUUGGCCAAGGCUGUUUACAAUAGAAUUUAUGCUAGGUUUGAUGCUUAUUUCUUUGCACAGAGAAAUAGUACUCUUGUAGACUUGCAACGGGCAAUUCUAAAAAGAUUGGUAAAUUACCAUGGAGAUGUUUCAAGUGUCACUGAGGGAAAAGCUGUGAUGAGAAACCUAUUGCGAGGAGUUCGUGCCCUUGUCAUUUUGGACGAUGUGAAUGAUGGCAGCCACUUGGAUGCGGUGAAUGGGGAUUGGUUUGGGCCUGGUAGCAGAAUCAUCAUUACAUCCCGAGACCAGCAUAUACUCAAUCUUGCUAAGGCUGAUUCAGUUCUUAAAAUGAGUGGGCUACAGGAGGAUGAAGCUCUUCAAUUGUUUUGUUGGCACGCUUUCUCAAGGGCGUUCCCGGAGACCCCUUACCAAGAGCUUUCUACAGGAAUUGCAAGAGCCUGCCGGGGGCAUCCUCUUGCAUUACAAGUUAUUGGAGGACAUUUGUUUGAUAAGAAGGAACCAGAUGACAUCCAAUGUUGGGAAGAAGCUCUUCAUAACAUUGUGGAAAAUCAAGAAAUAUCUAGUGUCCUUCGAAUCAGUUAUGAUGGACUUAACCAUGUUGAGAAGGAAAUAUUUCUGGAUAUAGCUUGUUGCUUUGUUGGUGAAAGGAAAAAGGAUGCUGUUACCUUCUGGGAAGUUUUAUACCCAAACAGAGUUCAAACAACCCUCAAGAACCUUUUGCUGAAAAUGCUUAUAAACGACUGUGACCCGCGAGAUCCCCUCGAUAUGCAUGACCUCUUACGGGGAAUGGGAAGAAAUAUUCAAGAGCAGGCUGGUAAUAAUACCAGACUGCGGCUGCCGAUGGGUGCACACAGAGCUCUCAGCAGAGACGGAGCGGAGGCAGUGAAUAUGCUUGUUUACACAGGAGAGAAUGGAAGAGAUCCCGUUAGCUUGCAUAGCAUGCCUUCCCUACGCUACCUAGUUGUGCAAAAUACAAAAGUAGUGGUCAAUAUUGGAAACUUAGCUCCUAAUUUGUUGUGGAUAAAAAUUAGAAAUUGUGAAUUAAGUUAUACAUGGUUAACAUUAAGAAACAGUUUCCAGCUGGAUAGCAAUUGGUGCCAAGUCAAGAUUUUUAGUGUAGAGCAGUGUGCAAGUCUUACAAGAAUUCCAAACACGCUACACAAUUUGGUGAACCUCCAAUGCUUGUAUGUGCGUGAUUGUGUAGCUCUCACAACACUUCCAAACACACUUGGUAACUUGCCACAACUGAAGAAGUUAAAUUUGGGCGGCUGUACCAGUUUAACAACCCUUCCCGAUACUGUGGGCAACUUGCUGCAGCUAGAAUGUUUGGAGAUGAAUGGUUGUAGAGGUCCCAAAAGCCUUCCCAGCACUUUAGGUAAUUUAGCUCAACUUCGGUUGUUGUGCUUGAGAGGAUGCACAGGGCUAAGGAAUCUUCCCAACACAUUUCGCAACUUGGAACAACUCCGGGUUUUGGUCAUCUAUGAUUGUGAAGGUUUAGAGAGCCUUCCUUACGGGUUGGGCAAGUUACAAAAUCUUAGGAUAUUAUACCUUCCAGAUUGGAAAGACCUAGAAAGCUUUCAUGAUCGGGUUGUCAAGUUAGCCCAACUUACGGAGUUAAACAGAAGAGUCGGCAUAGGAAGCUUGGUGCAGAAGAAGUUUAAUGUCUACUUUGUUUACCAUGAAGCAGAUGAAAGGGAAAUAAUGAUGAAUUUUAAGUACAAAUACCUGCGCACUGGAUCGCUUCGUAUAUGCACAGGCAGUGAGGAUGAGGAAAGUAGUGAUGUUAGCGAUGCAAUUGAUAGCAGUGAUAUUCUUGUUCCUGUUCUUUCCAAAAGCUUUGCUGAGUCGACUAUGUGCGUCAGAAAGUACGUAGCCAUGCGCCGCUCGGAUGGCCUUAUCAUUCCUCUACGCCUUCACACCUAUACACCGUUCUAUCGUAUGAAACGUUGGAACAAAUCGAGAGAGUUAGGACAUCAAAAUUUUUAAGAUACACAAAGAGUUUGUUUUUUUAAUUGUAUUUAUUUAUCAACAUUUCUUUAAUAACUAUAAUGUCUA